GCUCCCUGGCUGGCCGGGCCCGGGUUCCCUCGGUUGCCUUUUCCUGGCCCUAUUCUCCUCCUGGCCUCGGCCAUUUUCCCCUGCUCCCCCUCCCGUCCCGAACCUCAUCUCCCCUCCCUCCUCUGGCCGCGGGACUUUCCGGAAAGUUUUUUAUUUUCCGCCGAGGCUUUGCAAGAAGCGACUCGCUCUCCAGCUGCAAAACUUUUCACCUCCUUCUUCCCUCCUUCCUCCCCCUCUGCUUUCUCUUCUCUCCCUUUCGUCUGCUCCCCCUCUUAGCCGGUGCUCUCCUCUCCCUUCUGCCCGCUCCUUGGCUCCUCUCUCUCCCGAUCUCCCACCUCUCGUCACACCUCCACCCCCGGGGGCAGUUUUCCGAUGAGCGCCCCUCCGGUUAUUCGGCCGCACAGCCCCUUGCUGCCGGUGGCAGUGGCGGCAGCGGCGGCGGCGUCUGCUCUGGUCCAGGGGCCGGUCCCGGUACCGACCCCGGCUUUGGCUCCGGCUCUGGCUGCAGCCGGGGGCAUCUCCUUUCAUCUUCAGAUCGGGCUGAGCCGGGAACCGGUGCUGCUGCUGCAGGACUCCUCGGGGGACUACAGCUUGGCUCAUGUCCGGGAGAUGGCUUGCUCCAUAGUCGACCAGAAGUUUCCUGAAUGCGGUUUCUAUGGAAUGUAUGAUAAAAUCCUGCUUUUUCGUCAUGACCCUACCUCUGAAAACAUUCUUCAACUGGUAAAGAUUGCCAGUGACAUUCAAGAAGGAGAUCUCAUUGAAGUUGUCUUAUCAGCUUCUGCCACCUUUGAAGAUUUUCAGAUCCGACCUCAUGCACUAUUUGUUCAUUCAUACCGGGCUCCAGCUUUCUGUGACCACUGCGGAGAAAUGUUAUGGGGGCUUGUCCGUCAAGGGCUUAAAUGUGAAGGAUGUGGCCUGAACUACCAUAAGAGAUGUGCAUUUAAAAUACCCAACAACUGCAGUGGUGUGAGGAGAAGGCGGCUAUCCAAUGUUUCUUUAACAGGGCUCACUACUGUCCGGACAACAUCUGCGGAACUCUCACCUACCACCCAAGAUGAGGCUCUCUUGUCUCCUGUCAGCCCAGGCUUUGAGCAAAAGUCACCUUCAGAAUCUUUUCUUGGCCGAGAGAAGAGAUCCAACUCUCAGUCAUAUAUUGGACGACCAAUUGAGCUUGACAAGAUCUUGCUGUCCAAAGUUAAGGUUCCUCACACCUUUGUCAUCCACUCCUACACACGGCCAACAGUAUGCCAGUAUUGCAAGAAGCUUCUCAAAGGCCUUUUUAGACAGGGCUUACAGUGUAAAGAUUGUAGGUUCAACUGUCAUAAGCGAUGUGCACCAAAAGUACCCAACAACUGCCUGGGUGAAGUCGCCAUUAAUGGAGAUCUUCUUAGCCCUGGGGCAGAGUCUGAUGUGGUCAUGGAAGAAGGAAGUGAUGACAAUGACAGUGAAAGAAAUAGUGGGCUCAUGGAUGACAUGGAGGAAUCAAUGGUCCAGGAUUCUGAGACGGCCAUGACAGGAUGCCACAGUGACAAUGGGGAUGUGCAGGACCUUGAUCAAGACCAUGAUGAUUCAAACCGAAUGAUCAGCCCAUCAACCAGUAACAAUAUUCCUCUCAUGAGAGUGGUUCAAUCUGUCAAACACACAAAAAGGAAAAGCAGCUCAGUAAUGAAGGAAGGAUGGAUGGUUCACUACACAAGCAAAGACACACUGAGGAAACGACACUAUUGGAGAUUAGAUAGCAAGUGCAUCACACUCUUUCAAAAUGAUACUGGUAGCAAAUAUUACAAGGAAAUUCCAUUAUCUGAAAUUUUAUCCCUGGAACCUGCAAAAACUUUUUCUUUAAUUCCUAGUGGGGCCAAUCCCCAUUGUUUUGAAAUCACUACAGAACAUGUAGUCUACUAUGUGGGAGAAAAUGUAGUCAGUCCCUCAAGCCCUCCACCAAGCAACAGCAUCCUUACCAGUGGGGUUGGCACUGAUGUAGCCAGAAUGUGGGAGAUGGCUAUUCAACAUGCUCUUAUGCCCGUCAUUCCAAAGGGAGCACCACCUGGAUCUGGAUCCAGUUUGCACAGAGACAUAUCCAUCAGUAUCUCUGUAUCAAACUGCCAGAUUCAAGAAAAUGUGGACAUUAGUACAGUCUAUCAGAUCUUUCCGGAUGAAGUACUGGGUUCAGGACAGUUUGGGAUCGUUUAUGGAGGAAAACAUCGUAAAACAGGAAGAGAUGUGGCUAUUAAAAUCAUUGACAAAUUAAGAUUUCCAACGAAACAAGAAAGUCAGCUUCGCAACGAGGUUGCCAUUUUACAGAACCUUCAUCACCCUGGUGUUGUAAAUUUGGAGUGUAUGUUUGAGACGCCUGAAAGAGUGUUUGUUGUUAUGGAAAAACUCCAUGGAGACAUGCUGGAGAUGAUCUUGUCAAGUGAAAAGGGCAGGUUGCCAGAGCACAUAACGAAGUUUUUAAUUACCCAGAUACUUGUUGCCUUGAGGCAUCUUCACUUUAAAAAUAUUGUUCACUGUGAUCUCAAACCAGAAAAUGUGUUGUUAGCAUCGGCUGAUCCUUUCCCACAGGUGAAACUUUGUGACUUUGGUUUUGCUCGAAUUAUUGGAGAGAAGUCCUUCAGGAGGUCAGUGGUGGGCACACCAGCUUACCUCGCUCCAGAAGUUCUCAGGAACAAAGGCUACAAUCGGUCUUUAGACAUGUGGUCUGUUGGGGUUAUCAUCUAUGUAAGCCUCAGUGGUACAUUUCCAUUUAAUGAAGAUGAAGAUAUACAUGAUCAAAUUCAAAAUGCAGCUUUCAUGUAUCCACCUAAUCCCUGGAAGGAAAUCUCUCCUGAAGCCAUUGAUCUCAUCAAUAAUUUGUUGCAAGUGAAAAUGAGAAAACGCUAUAGUGUGGACAAGACAUUGAGUCACCCAUGGCUACAGGACUAUCAGACCUGGUUAGACUUACGAGAGCUCGAAUGCAAGAUCGGGGAGCGCUACAUCACGCAUGAAAGUGAUGACUUAAGGUGGGAACAGUAUGCGGGAGAUCAGGGUCUGCAGUAUCCAGCCCACCUUAGUGAUCAUAAUGCUGAGCACAGUGCAAACCCAGAGCCAGAAGAAACAGAGAUGAGAGCCCUCAGUGAGCGGGUCAGCAUCCUCUAAGUUAUAGCCCCUAUAAUCUGUCAAAACACUGUGGAAUUAAUAAAUACAUACGGUCAGGUUUAACAUUCGCCUUGCAGAACUGCCAUCAUUUUCUGUCAGAUGGGAACAAAGCUGUUAAACUGUUAGCACUGUUGAUGUAUCUUAGUUGCCAAGACAAAUCAACAGAAGCAUUUGUAUUUUAUGUGACCCAACUGUGUUGUAUUAACAAAAGUUCCCUGAAACACUAAACUUGUUCUUGUGAAUGAUUCAUGUUAUAUUUAAUGCAUUAAACCUGUCUCCACUGUG